GAACACCCCAAGCACUUGCACUGACGACAGAGUCAGAGAACGUGCAUUUUGGCUCAGUUUGUGUUGUCACGAUUUCACUCAGUCUCCCUGCAGCUUGGUUCGUGUCGAGGAUAGACAAUGCAUAAGUUGGCAGCUCUGUUCUUAUGGGCCCUGAUUCGCCGGGCUGUGGCAGAAGACAGUCGAUUAGGACGUGCAGAAGUUGAACUGCCACUCGAAAACGUUACGAAAUUUGCUUUUGGAAGUUGCAAUCAAGGAUCAAGUCCGCAACCACUAUGGAAGCACAUUGAGGCUGAGAAGCCUGGGUUUUUUCUCUGGCUAGGAGAUGCUGUGUACGGCGAUAAUCGUGUUCUGCCACUGAUCUGGCGGCCGAAUACGAUCGAGGCGGUGAGAGAGAAGUACGCUGAGCAGGCACGUCACCCGGAAUACUCGAAAUUUCUUGCGUCUGGAACUAAGGUGCUGGGUAUCUGGGACGAUCAUGAUUACGGACUCAAUGAUGGCGGCCGGGACUACAAAGAUGCACCUUUGGUUCAGCAGAUCUUCCUGGACUUCCUGAAAGAGCCGGCAGACAGUGUUCGUCGCCAGCGUAACGGACUCUACACGUCUUAUCUCAUUCACUCUAGUCAUGGCAAGACGAUCAAGCUGAUUCUGCUGGAUGUUCGCUCUCAACUGGACCGUGCAACGGCCGAUGUACUGGGUGCCGAGCAGUGGCAGUGGUUGGAGGCACAGCUGCAGGCCGGUGCUGCUGGAGAGGCCGACAUGAUGAUCGUCACCAGCGGCAUGCAGGUGAUCUCUGACACACCCACGGUGGAUCGCAUGGAGCGGCAUCUCAAGAGUCGUACCCGCCUGCUGGACUUGAUCGGCAGUUACCCCAAGGUUGUCCUGCUGUCUGGAGAUGUUCACUAUGCUGAAGUGAACUGCUGGAAAUCCGAGCAGUCCAAUCGGCAUGCCGUUCAUGAGCUGACAUCCAGCGGUAUGACGCACACCUGUCUCAACUGGGGUAUUCCGCCACUAGACAAGCUCUGCCAUCUCACUCUGGAGCUUGUGCUGCAAUCUAAGUACAGGGUUUCACCACAGCUUCUCAAGAAGAACUUUGGCACUUUGGAAUUUGACUGGCAAGAUGAAAAGGGCAAGGUGACCUUCAAUGCACACAGUGCUGAUGGUGUGGAGUUCUCAUACCCAGUGACCGUUUCUGAGCUGAGUUCGACUGUGGCAAAGUGUCCGCCGGUAGUCUCCAAGCCGCAGCCCGUGCACGUCUUCUGGUUCUGCUUUGCCGGUCUCUUCACCGGCGUCUUUGUGACCGCGUACAUGUUGCUCCAUCUGUUCAAGUCUCUGCUGCGAGCCACCUCAUCCAUGAUCCGUGGUUCACCCAGCUCAGGCACCAGCAAGAAAGUGCAGAAGAAAAGGCAGUGAUCGUGUCCUGCCUGUUCGAUGCUCUACGCCAUCUGCUUCCACGCAGUCUGUCCUUGUCACGCGCAGGUGGAGCAUAUCAACCGUUGUCCCGUCACAGCCACGUAAGCUGCAGUGUUGGGUUCCUUCCAUGCUGAGCCAGUGCCUGCACCGUGGCUCAUCUACCCCCCGUAUCGCCGAUCUCUUAUUGGUGAUGGAUACUGUUCUCUCUUCAUUAUACCCUAGGGAAAUCCCCUGUGCUGGUGCUCUCACUUCUGCAGUCAGGGGGCACUUCAGAACUUUCCGGCCUGUAACGCUCCACUUUUUAUCCCCGAAUGUCCCUAGCCAAUUUGGCCCUUGCUUUGAGUUUAGCUCAGCUGUACGUGUAUGCUCAACGUUGCGAAAACAGUGCAAACAUACCACUGUGGUCGUGACACACUGCAAUUGCGUGUGCUUUUCUUAUAAUAGUGCGGUAUCUAUGCCGGAUGUUUUUUUAAAUUUUUAAAUUCGCUUAGUGAGAUAAAAUUGAUACAUUGAUAGCUUUCUGAUCUGAUCUGAACAAGUAUGGGCGCGGGCUGUCCGUGAAUGGUCGCAUACAGGUACGUGUUGCGGGAAACGAUGCUGCGACAUGAUACUUGUGUUCUUCAGCUGGCUUGGUAGUUCUGAGAUGAAACGGAUGCAAUCUUUAAAAAAUAAGUAAAUACUUAUCACUGGUCCGCAUAUUGGGUAUGUGAAGACCGGCUAAGCUUGUUCGGUCUCGCAAUCCUAUUUCCAUUCCUGUUCGCCCCGCUUUACCAAUUUUACCGCGUGGCCGUGAAGUGAUGUCCCAGCACGACUGCAUGCAGUCAAGCAACCCGAACUCAUCAUAACCUUGCUGUCACUGUGCAUACUGUUAUUCAGCUGUCAACUUUCAACACGGA